AUGACUUUGAUUGCACUGACUGCGAUCCUUGCUUUGCUAACUGCAAUUUCUGCGCAGGAAGAAACCAGCGCUGUAACGCCUUCAGGAGGAGGCACCUCAAGUUCGCAGGAGGAUGACCACGCGGAAAGCACCCACCAUCCCAAGACGAAUGCUGGAGCAAAGCCAAAAAGAGAAACUUCCAGCUCGGAGGAAGGCGGACACAACUCGACAGACACCACACAUCACCCCAAAAAGGCUUCUGAUAUCAAAACGAAGCGCGAAGUGUCAACUGAUGAACUCAACGCAGUGGAAAGCGCUUACAGUUCCACUAACUUUUGA